AUGCCCAUCCCCCUCAUUGUCCAGGGCAUCACGGAGGGCUUCUCGUCCAUCCCUCAUGUAUGGACAAUCCUCCGCGUCGUGCCGUGGGUGCUGCUGGUGGCUGCGCUGAAGUACUUCUUCGGCGGAGCGCGCAACACCUCCGAGCGGCUGCUGCACUCCAAGGUGGCCAUGGUAACGGGCGGAACAUCCGGGAUUGGCGCGUCCGUCGUCCAGGAACUAGCCACCCGCGGCGCCCAAGUGAUCCUCCUCACGCAGCAACCUCCCUCGGACGUUUUCCUCGUUGAAUACAUCGAAGACCUGCGCCGCACGACAGGCAACCAGCUCAUCUAUGCCGAACAAGUCGAUCUCGCCGACCUGCAUUCCAUCCGCACCUUCGCCACCAAAUGGAUCGAUAAUGCCCCUCCUCGAAGGCUGGAUAUGGUGAUUCUCUGCGGCGGCACGGCGGUCCCGUCUCGCGCUGCUCGCCAGCAGACUACGGCCAAUGCGCUCGACCAGGAAUGGCAGAUUAAUUAUCUAGCCAAUUUCCAUCUUCUCAGCAUUCUCUCCCCGGCUCUGCGCGUCCAGCCCGCCCACCGAGACGUGCGGGUCGUCUUCACAACAUGUUCAAGCUACAUCGGCGCCAAAUUUGACCUGGACCUCGUAAGACGAGGCAAUUCCAUGCCCACUUCUGACAUCCCCACCAAGAACAAAAAACAAGGCCAAAAGUCCACCUCGGUCCGGAAGACGAAGGGCAUCUACGCUCUUAGCAAACUCUCCCUCAUGAUCUUCGCCCAGUCCUUCCAGCGCCAUCUGAAUGCAUACAAGCGUCCAGACAGCCUCCCACCCUGCACGCGUGUCCUCGUCGUCGACCCAGGCCUGUCCCGCACACCGGGCAUGCGCCGCUGGCUGACGGGCGGAUCGCUGUGGGGUCUGCUCGCCUAUCUGCUAACCUGGCCAGUGUGGUGGCUGGUCCUCAAAUCUCCACAGCAGGGUGCACAGAGCGUCCUGUACGCUGCGAUGGAGGAGAAAUACUCGCGCGGCGAGGGCGGGUGGAUGGUGAAAGAGUGUCGCGAGGUAGAUCUCGCGCGGAAAGAUGUAAAGGACGACGAUCUGGGCAAACGGCUGUGGGAGUUUAGCGAAAAGCAGGUCGAGGAGGCGGAGAAAGAGGCUGCUGUUAAGAGGGCGCUGGAGAAGAAGGAGAAGGAAACGGAGGCGGAGAAACAAUCUCGCAAGGAGACUGCGUCUGAGAAGAAGCAGACUGCUGGGUCAAGGCGGAGUCGGCGGAAUCAGUCUUGA